AUGCUAUCAGCAGCCAAAAACAAGUCAGAAUUGUUGGAUAUUUGUAAUGAAAUGCUAAGUGCGAAAGCUGAAGAAGAAAAAACAGAAGAUUCGUUAAGAAGAGAACGUGAAGCAUCAUUGCGCAAGUUACUUCCAAGCACUGAUGCGCUUGAAGAUGUUGUGAUCAAACUUCUAGAUGCUCUCAUCAAACAUGGACAAAUCGCUAUGGCCAAAAGUGCUUUCAACACUCAGCUUGAAGUUAUCAAGAAAGUACAGCCUGAACAAUAUAAAAAAUACAAAAAAAUACCAGUAGAUCAAUUAGCAGUCGAAGCAGUAAUGCAGCAAGCGAAGUUAGCUCAACUACAACCCAAAACAGGAAACAAACUAAUUGAUAUGCUUCAUGAGAAUGGUAUUCCGAUCGGAAACAGUUUGAAAGGUCUUGAACAAGCUAUUAAAACACAACGUGAAAUCGAGAAUACAGAUCCUGCUGAACAGAUAGCAAAAGCGAUUCUGGAAAAGGUACAGAAGCAGAUUUUGCCUGGUAUCGUAGCAAAUGUUAUAGCGGGCAGAAAUCCUUUCCUAAUUGGUUCUGAGCACAAAGGAAUGAUGAAUCCAUCUGCAGAAGAUCGGAUGCCACGCAUGCAACAUGAAGAAGCAUUAAACUUACUGCGAAGACGUCAACUUAAAAAGCAGAUUCUUGCUGGAGCUAAAAUUUCGCUACUUAGAAUAAUUUUGAAAAACUAUCAAACAACAUUACAAAAUAUUUAUGCAAGUAAUGAAGAAAACAGAUUAGAUAUUUAA